AUGGCCAGAUGUCGCAUGGAUUGCAUAGAAAAGCCCCUUCAGAGCUUCUUUAAGAAGAUGGGUAAAUCUGUUGGAUCCAAUCCCUGGUGGUUCCUCAUUGCCCCCCUUAUUGUCUCUGCAGCUCUGGGAAGCGGGUUUUAUUUUACUCAGGACAGAAUCUCCAACAAUAUUGAAGAGGAGUUUACACCUUUUAAUGGACCGGCCAAGACAGAGAGGAAGUACUUCAGUGAAAUGUUUCCAGAAGAUGAUUCCAUGUUUUCAAGUUUGCGGCAGACCACAGAUGGAAACUAUGCCACUCUCAUAGCUACAAGCGAGACUAAUAUUCUGACUGUUAAAAUGCUUGAAGAAAUCCUCAUGUUGGACUCUAAAAUCAAGAACAUGUUGGUAGAAUUUGACAAGGAAUCAUUUAAAUAUGAGGGCAUCUGUGCUAAGGUGAUGAAAAACUGCAUUUCAAACAUCAUUCUAGAUAUCAUUCAAUACAAUGCCGAAAAUAUAAAAGCUGUCACACUGACAUUCCCGUGGUAUCACAAUGGUAACACAAAUUUGCCGUUGUAUACAAGUCUGGGGGGUGUGACUCAAGGAGACACUUCAGUUGUUGAAAGCGCUAAAGCUAUACAACUCUAUUACUAUUUAAAAGAGGGCAACAAAACAAAAAAUGACCUUUGGUUGGAAAGCUUCAUUAGUUUGGUGUCAAAUAGCUCCUCACCUUCCCUCCAGGUAUCAUACUCCACCUCAAUGUCAAUGCAGUGGGAAUUUGAGAAAUCUCCAGAUUCUGUCAUCUCUUUAUUUUCCAUCACCUACUCUAUUGCCAUCACAUUUUCCAUCAUAACUUGCUGGAGGUUGGAUAAUGUGAGGACGAAGGUGUGGGUGGGGUUCUGCGGCGUUCUCUCUACAAGUCUAGCGGUCGUGAGUGGUUUUGGUUUGCUCUUGUUGGUGGGCCAGCCUUUUGUAAUGACAGCUGCCUCCUGUCCCUUCAUGAUUCUAGGUAUUGGGAUCGAUGAUAUGUUCAUCAUGAUCUCCUGCUGGCAACAGACUCGUGUUCUGGACAGCGUGCCAAAACGGCUGGGUGAGACCUACAAAGAUGCUGCCAUCUCCAUUACCAUUACCACCCUCACCGAUGUGCUGGCUCUCUUCCUGGGCUGCAUCACACCCUUUGGCUCAGUCCAGUCCUUCUGCCUCUAUGCUGGAAUUUGUCUUUGCUUCUGUUACUUCUACAGCCUGACUUUCCUGGGUGCAUGCAUGGCUUUAAAUGGGCAGAGAGAAGCAGAGAACAAGCACUGGAUCACCUGCAUCGAAGUCCCAAGUGAUGCACCAGGGAAAUCAAAAGCCUUCUGGUUGUGCUGUACUGGGGGUCGGUACAACAAAGAUACUGCAAAAGAGGAAACAGAGCCCAUAAGUUCUUUUUUUGAGAAGUUCUACGGUCCAUUUCUGACCCACAAAGUGACAAAAGUCUUUGUGUUUGUCCUUUAUGCAGGUUAUUUAGCUGCUAGUAUCUAUGGCUGUGUAAUCUUAAAAGAAGGACUUGAUACUAAGAACCUGGCUUUGGAUGAUUCUUACAUUAUCAAUUACUACAACCAUGAAGAGGAGCACUUCAAUGAAUAUAGCUUCAGUGCAAUGGUGGCAAUAGAGCAGCAAUUCCCCUACUGGGACAAAGACCAACGGAAGCAAUUAAAUUCUUGUAUUUCAAGUUUUGAAUCACUGAAAUUUGUCAAUAACACAAUGGCUUGGUUCAUUUUCUUUGAAAACUAUGCAGAAGCCAAUAAUAAGUCCAUAAGCUCCCAGGAGGAUUUCCUAAACAACCUGAAACCUUUCUUAAAUUUUGACCCAUUCUUAGCACAAGACAUCCAAUGGACUCCAGACGAUAAGAUUCAGGUAUCUCGCUUUUUCCUUCAGACAAAAAACAACGUACCGAUGGCAGAUAUGAUGGUGGAGCUCAGGAAAACUGCAGAGGAAUGUUCAGUGGAGCUCCUGGUGUACCACCCUUCUUUCAUCUACUUUGACCAGUACACUGUCAUUUUAAAUAACACCAUCCAAACCAUGCUCACCGCUGUGAUCGUAAUGCUUGCAAUCUCUCUCGUACUCAUACCCGAUCCUCUCUGCUCACUUUGUGUAGUGUUUGCAAUUGUUUCAGUCAUCACCGGCGUGACGGGAUUCAUGUCCCUCUGGGGCGUCAAUCUGGAUUCCAUCUCCAUGAUCAAUCUGGUCAUGUGCAUCGGUUUCUCGGUAGAUUUCUCGGCGCACAUUUGCUACUCUUUUGUUUCGAGUCCCAAAAGUGACGCCAAUGAGAAAGCUAUUGAGGCUUUGGCGAUUUUGGGUUACCCAGUACUGCAGGGAGCACUGUCCACUAUCUUAGGUGUGGUGGUGUUGAGCGUGUCUGGGAGUUACAUAUUCCGGACAUUUUUCAAAAUCGUGUUUCUUGUCAUUGUGUUUGGACUGUUCCACGGCUUGACAUUUAUUCCAGUGUUUCUCACGUUGUUUGGGGCCUGUAGCAAGUCACGUUGA